GAAAGACAAAGUCAAAAAGAAAAGGGACUCUGAAUCUUACAGUGGUGGACUCACUCAACAACACAUCAAAAAGAAAAACAGAAAAUGUGUAGAGGAUUAGCUGCGUUACCCCAAACAUGUCUGGAAAGGGCUAAAGAGAUCAAGUCUAAGUUGGGGGUUCUCCUCCAGAAGCCUGAGAAUGGCAUUGACCUGAUUAUCCCCUACCCCGAGAAACCAGAGAAGAAGCCAGAGAAGCUUCAGAAGCCCAUUCCUGAGGAGGCUGCUCAGUGGCGUGAGUCCCUCGACCAUGUGCUGACCAACAGCUAUGGCCUGGCCAUGUUCCGUAGCUUCCUGCGCUCUGAGUUCAGUGAGGAGAACAUUGAGUUCUGGGUGGCCUGUGAGAACUUCAAAAAGACCAAGUCUCCCAUGAAGAUGACUGUGAAAGCCAGAAAGAUCUAUGAGGACUUCAUCCAGACCGAGGGACCCAGAGAGGUGAACAUUGAUCAUUACACCAAGGAUGUGACCUUGAGGAACCUGGUUGACCUUUCCCCCACAACCUUUGACCUGGCCCAGAAGAGAAUUUAUGCUCUGAUGGAGAAGGACUCUUUCGGCCGCUUUCUGAGAUCCGAGCAGUACCUGGAGCUGGUCAAAUAAGGAGAUGAUUGCUGAGUAAGGGUAAAUUCCAAACCAAUUGGAUAUAAUUUGAAGUGGAAUUAGGCCUUCAUUUGAUGGAUAAUUUGAUGGAAUUGACUCAAGCGAGACUGCAGGUCUGAUAACUAAGGACAAUCAUAAAGAUAGAUCUCAUUCUAAACUAACUUGACUCAAUAUUUCAAAUGAUUACUAUAUUUGUCUUAUCUACCUGUAGCCAAUCAAAAUGUCACAAGUCAAUUCAAAAAGUAAAGAGUGGAACAUACAAUAUGACAGUAUUUGUUAAAUGCUUACUCCAACUGAGAGACAAACAAACCACCAAUCAAUAAACAGUGAUUUAAACAAAUACAUUUGAACCUCACCAUUUCUUGGGAAGAUAAACCCGAAGGUCAUAAUUAUUGCAGACAAAAUCUGUCGCAAGUAUUUUGUCGCAAUGAUUUUGUCCCAUAGUCUAAAAAGUCUAAAUAAAUAGUCUAAAUAAAAAUAUCCUAGACAGACAGACAGAUAGACCGACCAUGUUUGUACAACAGUUUUCCCAGGAAAAAAAGCCAAGUGGCUUUCAGAGUUUCUGAGAAGGACAAUCUGACCUCUGCCUUGAGACUCUUAGUGACACAUCCAGUACACAUACAAUGUUCUAAAUGGGGGAGAAAGGGUGAGGGACUUCUUGGAACCGGCCACUCUAGUGUUCACACAGCCAAGUAGUAAACCGUCUAAGAACAAAAGACAUAUAGUAGAAACCGGGUGUCUUGAGUAGCUGUGAGUAUUUGUCUCCAACGUGCUCUCAUGCCAUCCUUGGGACCAGUUGUAGGCAGUUAGUUCAGUGGCAUUGUAAGUUGCUAAGAUGGGAAGAUCAAGUAAGAGUGGAUCUCAUAAAAGAAAGAAACUCAGAAUUUUCUCCAGAGAAAAGUAGGCAUACAUUCAUUCCAAUUUAGGCAAUUUCAGCCAGUCAUUUCACCUAAAGAUAGUAAUGAAGCAUAGGAGAUGAGUAAUGGACACAUACCCAAUAUAGCAACAUCAUAAAGUUUAGCGACUUUUCUACCCUAAUAAAAGAGAAAUAUAUGCACUCCAUUAUUGAUUAACUAAUCAAGUAUUUCAAUACAGCUUUCAGCAUUUAUGUUUAUCACUCACCAUUCACUAUAAUAACUAGACUUCACACCAUUCAUAGUCUGAAAAGUAGAUGGUUUUAAAGGGUGGAGGUGUAUCGGUAUGAAAAGGUUAUUGUGGUAUGCUAUCUCAGUCCAAUGUAGCAAUUAUAUAAAUACCUUACACUGUGUUUCUAUUAUGUACCUGCAUGUUUUUAUAUAUUUGAGGGGUGCAGCUGUCAUAGCCAUAACAUUGAAGUAUUUUUACACAAAUACUCAGUAUCUUUAUAGGUCCUUAUUGUUGCCCCAUAUACACAAUUCAACUUGCUACAACACUGCAUGUCAGGAGUUGACAAUAUGGUCAUUAUAAUUAAUUGAUUCUCCAAUUAAAAUUUUCACUUGAAGCUAAAAUGUAAAGAUUUUAGAUCACAUGCUUUGCAAUCGCUUGACAUGGUAUAGUAAUUUAGAGUUUAGUAACGAUAAGACAAUUCCACGUUAACAGAAUGAUGCUGAGACUCAGAUUUUUCACUUUAAAAUGUAUGUCAAACAAAAACAAUGAUUGCUAAGUUAAAUCAUACAACUCUAUGCUCAAUGACUACUUUUAACAAUUUCCACUGACAUUUUUCAAAAACACAUUUACUUGAAGAACAGUGCAAAUGCAACGUUUGGUAACAGAAUGAUGGUUUGUGCUGUUUGUGCCAUCCUUCUGUUGCCAAACUUUGCAUCUGCACUGUUCUUCAAGAAAAUGUGUUUUUAUAAUAUUUUCAGUGGAAAUUGUUAAAAGUCGUCUUUAUGCAUUGAGUUGUAUCGUUGUAUUCUCUUACUGUGGAAUUUCCAAUACUAACACAAAACAAUAUGUUUCUGAAGUGGCAUUGAUAAGGGUAUCCGAUUGCAUAGAUUGGCCAAUCUACUGCUAUUGCCCAAGAUGUCGUGCCUUCAAUGAAAACACUUGAUUGAAAAAUCAGUAAGGACUUAUGGAGUGCUAAGUUAAUAUCUGACGCAUGUAUGAUUUGUAGUCAACCACAUAAAAGACAUGAAUACAUUAAAUUCCUGAAGAUGUAUUUAUUUUUCUAUGUAGAUAUCUACCAGUAUUUAGCAGUAUUUGUGUUGAUUAAGUUGACUACCCCACUGGAAUGAAUGGGAGUGGUGGCCAAGAGAGCACUGAUCGAGGAGUAUCCAGGAGAGAACCAUAUCUUUUAACUGUCAUAAAAGAGAAAACAUCUGACUA